AUGGAGAGACCGAGUCCUUGGAUUGAAGAACGUGUUCGACGCAGAGGAGACGAACGACUUAGAUCGAUUGAGAGAGCAUCUGGAGAAGUGAAAUCUCGCGGAGAGCGGUCGGUGGUAUGCCUUCUUCGUCCAUUUCGAGCCUCGUCUUCUUCAAAGCAUCAAGCUUUCCGUUCCACGUGGCUUCUCUCGUUUCCCGCUCCUUUGGACUUCUGGAAGAACCGUGGACUUCUGGCUCACGUUCUUAAACAGGAACGUGGCAUUUGUUGGGCCAUCGCCUUGGUGAGGCAUUAUGCCUCCAUUCUCAAGAUGAAGGGUCUACUUCAACAAGAUGAUGAUCUAUCAGUUCAGGAGCUUCUUCAGCUCGCACGUCGUUAUUAUAAGCGACUCUGCAAGGAUCCCCUUUAUGCCGUCGCCGACAUUGAUUUUGAAGGAGAAAUUCUGAAGAAGUUUGGUUUGGUCUCCGAAAAAGACAACCCCUUGGACCUACAAUCCACUUGA